AUGUUGCUAACUAUAGUUAGUGGCGCGGCACCACCUGCACGUCUUGCGGGUACGCGUUUUUCCUCCGCAAUGGCUCCAAAUUAUAAUCUUAUGCCUGAAACGGCUCUUGCAAAGGCCAGAGGGAAAAAGCAAAGCGCUUUGGAUAUCCUUUAUGAUGUGAUGCGCUCUAGGAGGGCCAAAAUCUGGCAGAAAAAAAUAGAAGAACUUAUGUUAUUGUUCACAGAUCUUUGUGUCGAUCUCAAAAAGAAUGCUCAUUUCAAAAGAAUAAUACAUCAAUAUAAGAAUAUAACAGUGCAAGAGUGCCCAUCUUCACUUGAAGAAGUGUUGAGACACUAUUUCAAAUCCAUAAAAGUAAAAACAGAAGAGGCCAGACAGCAGUCCAAGGAAGCUGUUCCAUAUGUCGAAGAUCUAGACAUUUUGGAAACCCCUGAGAGCCUUAUGCUCAAUGCGGUAAGCGUCGAGGGUGCUCAAGAUCGUUCGGACAGGACAAUUCUAAUGCCUUGGCUUAAAUUUUUGUGGGACUCGUAUAGAAUAGGUUUAGAUUUGUUAAGAAGCAGCACAAAGUUUGAAAACAUGUAUCACGAGGUGGCCCGAGAAGGUAUGUGCGAAUAUUCAAUCUCAACUCUAGCCUACGAAUUUUGCCUGAAAUAUAAUCGAAAGGCCGAGUUCCGGAAGCUCAGCGAAAUGCUUCGGCAACACACUAUUAAAUUUCAAAAUCCCUUAACCCCAAAUGCCGCUAAUAGCGUCAACUUAUCAAAUCCGGAAACUCAAAUUCUCCACUUCAGCACUCGCCUCCAACAACUAGAUUAUGCUAUGGAGCUUGAAAUGUACAAUGAAGCUUUUAAAACAGUGGAAGAUAUCUGGAGUUUUGUACUCAUGUCGAAAAAGGUUUCGAAGCCCGUGCUUAUGGUGGACUAUUAUUCGAAAGCUGCUAAUCUUUUCUUACGCUCAGGAUGCUAUCUCUACCAUGCUGCAGCUCUUCAUAAAUUAAUUAAUUUGUAUCGGGACCAUAAAAAGUCAACUACGCGAGAUGAAUUGGCUGCUAUAGGCGCACGUGUGCUCUGUGCCACUCUUUCUAUUCCCCUUCCACAUGUCCGUAUCCAUUUCGACAAAUUUCCUGUAACUGGAGAACAGAAUACUGCAAAGCAGAAAACUUUGGCUAGCCUUUUAGGUCUCUCUCAGGUCCCCACAAGAGCUAGUCUAAUCAAUGAUCUUGUUAGGAAUCGGUUGCCCAUGCUUGUUUGUCCAGAGUUGCACCAACUUUACAACGCCAUUGAAGUGGACUUCCAGCCACUCAGCCUUGCUGAACGUGCUGCACCAGCCUUGACUUUUAUCUCAAGUGAUCCUGAACUUUCAGUUUAUAUUGAACAGCUUCAUGAGUGCCUCGUUUCGAAGACUUUGCUUCAGUUAUCUCAGGUCUACCGAACUCUCUCCAUAGACAGCCUUGUGAAGUUGUGUCCCUAUAUGCAUCCUCUACGGCUAGAGCGCUGUAUCGUUGAAUUCGUACAUAAUUUGGAGCUUCCCGUUCGUAUCGAUCACCGAACAAAGGCUGUUAUAUUUGAUGUGUUCACGGACCUUGGAAUUAGUCAGCGUCAAUAUGGUGGCCAAGGAGGUGAACAGAUUGGUACACCGGAUCAGCUUUCACGACAAUUAGUACUAUUUGCUGAAGCAUUAUUUCAAGUGACAGAAUUACUUCAAUCUUCGACCUUCUCGCCUGAGGCCUCGACUCUUAAUGAUCCCUUAGCUAUUCAGUCGUUUUUGUAUAGCAACGAUGCUGCUGCUGUUAAGCGACGUGCUGAUCUCAUCAUGGCUUAUCGGAAAGACGCCUCUCAGGAGCACCUAAAUCUUUUAGCCCGUCGUGACCUGAUUGAGGCACGCAAGGAGGCUCUCGAGCGUCUUCGAGAAACAAGGGAUCGUGUUUAUCUUGAGGAGGAGGCCCGCAGACGGGCAGAACGAGAGCGUGAUGCUGCAGACGAAGAGGCUCAUUUGGCUGAGGAAGCUAGACUACGGGAACAGCACAAAACUGAGGAGAAGCAGGCAAAGUUAAAGCAACGUAUUGCAACAGAGAACUUAAAGAUCAUCAUGGGCAGUGAGUUGGCCUCUUCAUUUGAUGUCUCUCAAAUCACGGACGAUAUGGAUGCAUUAAUAGAGAAAAAAAUGCAAGAAAUGAACAAGAAACGGCGGGAGAUUGCUGAAAAGGCUAAGAAACGUGCUACCAAGCUGGACUAUUUUGCUCGUGCCGCUCGCUUAGAAGAACUAGAUUUGCUUAAAGAGACGGCGAAAGUAGAUAUCCAGCAAGCCCGAGACCUUCAUUCACAAACGCAACGCGAAAUUGAAGAAAAGGCCAUACUAGAGCACCAGCAACGUCUCAAGGAUAGGCAGCGUCUA